AUGAACAGCUACGAGCAGGCGAAGAAGAACAUUUUGAACCAGCAGCUGCAGGCGUAUUAUCAGCAAAUCCUCGCCAAUGCCCUGCAACAGCAGCAGCAGAACAUGGCCGCCACGCAGCCGGAGCAAAUGGAUGAGUCGGAUGGGCCGGCGAUGCCCAUCCAUCUGACCUCGUCGAUGUCGUCGCUCCUCGGCAGUCCUGGGUCUCAAUCUGUGCCCCAGACCCCCACCAACACCAAGGAGUCCAAGGAAAAUCCGUUGGCCGCGCAUUCGAAGUCGCAAAAGAAGUGGGUA